ACAAACAUGCAAAAGUACUGCUGCUUGAGCUUGUGCGUCGCAGGGCUUUGCUAGAAACUGUUAGAACGCUUCCGGAAUUCAGAAUAACAACACAUUCGUUGAAAUAAUCUAAUCGAAUCUAUUUCUAACGGAUACAUAUAUUAUCUGAAAGUAGUUGAAAGUGCAUUUAUAAUAAUUGCUUUGGCGUUGUGUGUAUCAUUUAGAUGUCUUUUUUUAUGUAUUGCGCCGAAAGUGUUUUACUCUGAAAGUCCAAGACGGAAGUGUCAUGUCCAGUUAUGGUCAACUUUUCGGCUUGAGUGAGGAGGCCUCGUCUCGCCAUCGCUACCCGGAGAGCCGCACUCACCAGCGGGGCAUUCAACAUCUGGAACCCCGAGGACGACACGCUCCAGUCGGCUCCGAAAGAUGCUCGCCAUCACUGAAAUGACGAAUGGCAACAUGGCCAACGCGCUGGCCAACGCCAUGUGCGAGCGCUGCAAGAGUGGCUUCGCCCCGGCGGAGAAGAUCGUCAACAGCAACGGCGAACUGUACCACGAGCAGUGCUUCGUGUGCGCCCAGUGUUUCCAGCAGUUCCCGGAGGGACUCUUCUAUGAGUUUGAAGACAGGAAGUACUGUGAACAUGACUUCCAGAUGCUCUUCGCUCCGUGCUGCCACCAGUGUGGGGAGUUCAUCAUCGGCCGUGUCAUCAAGGCCAUGAACAACAGCUGGCAUCCAGAAUGUUUCUGCUGCGACAUCUGCCAGGCCGUGCUCGCCGACGUGGGAUUUGUCAAGAACGCCGGAAGGCACCUGUGUCGUCCGUGCCACAACCGGGAGAAAGCGCGUGGGCUGGGCAAGUACAUCUGUCAGAAGUGUCACGCCAUCAUCGAGGAGCAGCCCCUCCUCUUCAAGAAUGACCCCUACCACCCUGACCACUUCAACUGCAACAACUGUGGGAAGGAGCUGACCGCCGACGCCCGGGAGCUGAAGGGAGAGCUCUACUGUCUGCCCUGCCACGACAAGAUGGGGGUCCCCAUCUGCGGGGCCUGCAGGAGACCCAUCGAGGGCCGCGUGGUCAACGCCAUGGGCAAGCAGUGGCAUGUGGAGCAUUUUGUGUGUGCAAAGUGUGAGAAACCCUUCCUGGGACACCGUCACUACGAGCGCAAGGGCCUGGCGUACUGUGAGACCCACUACAACCAGCUCUUUGGAGAUGUUUGCUACCACUGCAACCGUGUCAUCGAAGGAGAUGUGGUGUCGGCCCUCAACAAGGCUUGGUGUGUCAACUGCUUCUCUUGCUCCACCUGCAACACCAAGCUCACACUCAAGAACAAGUUUGUGGAGUUCGACAUGAAGCCAGUCUGCAAGAAGUGCUAUGAGAAGUUCCCACUGGAGCUGAAGAAGAGACUGAAGAAGUUGUCUGAAACCCUGGCCAGGAAGUAAACUAACCACUUCAUUGCCACACAUGAUGAUGUCACUGAUGAUGCUCUUCUAUAUUCAUUGUCACACAUGAUGAUGUCACUGGUGAUGCUCUUCUAUAGUCAAGGAGUCCAAAGAAAAAUGAAGAAAACAUGUUUUUGUUCAAAGGGGAAUUGCACUUUUUUUUUAAAAUGUUGUCUAUCAUUCACAAUAUUUAUGUAAGACAAGAACACAUUUCUCUCUUUUUAUGCAUUCUAAGUCGUAAAUAAACAAUAGCAAAUGUCAGCUAACAAUGCAGCUCAAAAAUAUAAGGUCAUCAUGUGUCCCAAAGUAGUCUAGAACGUGUAGAUCAUCCUCCUUAUAUUCAGGCUCAAAAAUAUAAGGUUCUGGAUCAUCAUUUGUCCCAAUGUAGUAUAAAACGUGUAGAUCAUCCUCAUUAUAUUCAGGCUCAAAAAUAUACGUUUCUGGAUCAUCAUUUGUCUCAAAGUAGUCUUUGUUGUCUCAUCAAGUCUGUCAUGAUUAGUAGUGUUAUUGUUGUUGAAGAGAAAGUGAACGUUAUGAUGCGUCUGUGAAAUUAAUAUGCCGCUGUAUGCUUAAAAUUAUCAAAAUAUGUAAAUAUUACAUGUUAUGAAUGUUACUACAUGACAUAUAUACUUACAUCAUGUAUAUAUUACAUGUUAUUAUGAAUGUUACUACAUGACAUAUAUACUUACAUCAUGUAUAUAUUACAUGUUAUUAUGAAUGUUACUACAUGACAUAUAUACUUACAUCAUGUAUAUAUUACAUGUUAUUAUGAAUGUUACUACAUUACUUACAGCGUAGAUCUAAAACGUUGACGGGGGAUUUUUGGUGCGCUUUAUAGUCGAAGCGGAGCGACUCCUGUUGACUCCAUAGUUGGCUGACUUUUGCUAGUGUUUAUUUAUGAUUUAGAAUGGAUAUAAAUAAAGAAUGUGUUCCUAAUUUCCAUGAGGAUUGUGAAUAAUCGAGAAAAUUCAAAAAAAAAAAGUGCAGUUCCUCUUUAAAUUCUAUUACUCACUCUUUAAUAUGACUCUAUCAUAUAUUAUUAUUAUUUAUUAGCAAACUGUAUGUCUCUGCAUUAGCUUGGAAUGUCAUUUGAGUGUUGAUUGACUUCAUUGAUCCAUGUUUCCUGUUAAUUGGGUUUCAAUUCAGUGAAAGACUAAUUGCCACCUAUUUAUUUUUGUUAAGUUGAGUCUGCAUGGAAAAAGGCCGGCGUGCAGAGUUGCCUUACAGUGUACAGUAAGUCCUCUUACAGUGUACAGUAAGUCCUCUUACAGUGUACAGUAAGUCCUCUUACAGUGUGCAGAGUUGCCUUACAGCAGGGGUCACCAACGCGGUGCCCGCGGGCACCAGGUAGCCCGUAAGGACCAGAUGAGUAGCCCGCCGGCCUGUUCUAAAAAUAGCUCAAAUAGCAGCACUUACCAGUGAGCUGCCUCUAUUUUAUUAAAUUGUAUUUAUUUACUAGCAAGCUGGUCUCGCUUUGCCCGACAUUUUUAAUUCUAAGAGAGACAAAACUCAAAUAGAAUUUGAAAAUCCAAGAAAAUAUUUUAAAGACUUGGUCUUCACUUGUUUAAAUAAAUUCAUUAAUUUUUUUUUUACUUUGCUUCUUAUAACUUUCAGAAAGACAAUUUUAGAGAAAAAAUACAACCUUAAAAAUGAUUUUAGGAUUUUUAAACACAUAUACCUUUUUACCUUUUAAAUUCCUUCCUCUUCUUUCCUGACAAUUUAAAUCGAUGUUGAAGUAAAAUUAUCUUUUUUAUUGUAAAGAAUAAUAAAUAAAUUUUAAUUUAAUUCUUCAUUUUAGCUUCUGUUUUUUUCGACGAAGAAUAUUUGUGAAAUAUUUCUUCAAACUUAUUAUGAUUAAAAUUCCAAAAAAUUAUUCUGGCAAAUCUAGAAAAUCUGUAGGAUCAAAUUUAAAUCUUAUUUCAAAGUCUUUUGAAUUUCUUUUAAAAUUUUUGUUCUGGAAAAUCUAGAAGAAAUAAUGAUUUGUCUUUGUUAUAAAUAUAGCUUGGUCCAAUUUGUUAUAUAUUCUAACAAAGUGUAGAUUGGAUUUUAACCUAUUUAAAACAUGUCAUCCAAAUUCAAAAAUUAAUCUUAAUCAGGAAAAAUUACUAUUGAUGUUACAAAAAAAUUCUUUUUUUAAUUUUUUCUAUAACAUUCGAAUUAGCUGGGUUUUUUUUGUUCUUUUUUUCGGUUGAAUUUUGAAUUUUAAAGAGUCGAAAUUGAAGAUAAACUAUGUUUCAAAAUUUAAUUGUCUUUUUUUUUUCAUGUUUUCUCCUCUUUAAAACCGUUCAAUUAAGUGUAAAUAUCAUUAAUUGUUAAUAAUAACAUAGAGUUAAAGGUAAAUUGAGCAAAUUGGCUAUUUCUGGCAAUUUAUUUAAGUGUGUAUCAAACUGGUAGCCCUUCACAUUAAUCACUACCCAAGAAGUAGCUCUUGCUUUCAAAAAGGUUGGUGACCCCUGGUCUUACAGUGUACAGUAAGUCCUCUUGCAGUGUACAGUAAGUCCUCUUGCAGUGUACAGUAAGUCCUCUUGCAGUGUGCAUCCUCAGUGAGACAGUGGCUACUGUAUCUCAGGGCAACUGUUGGAAGGACUGUGACAUUUGCACACAGCAGAUGUUCCAAAACACAUGUUGUUGCUGCACGGAACACACGGAACAUUCUCUUCUGACCUAACUUCCUCCAAAUACUGUUCAAGCGCAUGAUAGCAAACAUUGUACAUUUGCCAUUAAAGGUGCAUUUAUUCGACCCACCAUAAUCACACAUUCCAUAGCCAGCAAGGCACCUAGUUUUAGAAAAUGAUUGCGAUUCUUAUUCAUCUCGAUUCCUGAUUUUCCAAAAACUUUAUUUUUUAUUUGUAUUUAUUUAUUUUUUAUAAGAACUCAUUUUUAACCAAUAUAUUUGCAGACAACCAGGAGUUUUUCUAACCUGUUUUGAAAAAGUUUCAUUGUAUUUAUUAUAGCAAACAACACAAUGCAAACUCCUGUUGAAAGGAGAAUCGUUUCUUAUCCGAAUUGGAACCGGAUCGAAAUGUUCACUGCCCAAAAAUGCACACCCCUUUUAGGGUGUCCAAAAAAAUUGAUUCACAUCCAAACUUCACAUCCAAGAAUCAAUUUCUAAGAUUACAUUGCAGGAAUCGAUUUGAAUCAGAAGCCAAUUCGGAAUCGAAUGGGGUGUACCAAAAAAUUGAUUCACAUCCGAAUUUUGUUUCUUAUUUAUUAUUCUAAAUCGAUUCUUGAUUUUUUUUUAAACGUAUUUUUUUAAAUACAUUUUUUCUAAGAAUCCAUUUUUAAAGACGUUUUUAGGAAUACACUGCGAAAGUCAGUUCAAAUCGAGAAUCAAUUCUGUAUCAAAUCGUCACCUCAAGACUCGAAAUCGGAUCAAAUUGUUAGGUGCCGGAAGAUUCACAAAUUAAAAUCAAUUAAAAAAAAAAAA